UGGUUUACUUCACGGUUGGAAGGCCAUGAAGAAUUGACUUGUACAGAACUAACCCCUGGGCAGCUUUACUCUGCGUACGCCUAUAAGCCACCAGAGGUAGCCAGAAAGUGGACGGAGCCCCGCGGGAACGGGAACCGGGCCGAGGCGUGCCCCGCCGGGGCUGCGCAGCCCGGCCGUUCGCCAGCCCGCGGGCGCAGUCCCCGCCCCCCGCCCGACCCCUCAGCUGCAGCCCUCGGGCCGCGGUUGGCCGCGCCGGUGGGCAGCUGACUGGGUGACCAUGUUUGGCGGGCUGGGAGAGGACAGGCAUCCGGUGCCGUUGUUUUAUUCCCGGAGAAGGCGGUGGGACGGGCAGGCCACUUCCCUGCCGGAGCAGUUGGGAUUGCGAUUGGGGAUGUGGUACUGGAAAGAUGAAACCAGAACUCUUGAAUUCAGAAGGUUGACAGAUAAAAAGUUUGCUUCAAGAGACGAUAAGUCACCUAAAGCCUUAGAGAAACGAGGUCAGCAGGGCAACGUGACACUACAUGAUGCUAAAUUUGUUGCUUUGUUUUUGCUACAAGAUACUGAGAUGCAGCGGAUCUGUUCUUUUACAACGUUUAUGAGGAAUAAAAAUCUUGACAAUUUCCUCAUGGCAUUGUUGUACUAUUUAUCUCAUUACUUGGAAAAAAAUUCACUGGAAAAGAAACCCGAAAGCUAUAUGGUGGGCCUUGUAGAGAAGAAAGAGAUGGAAUUGGUUAUAAGUAAGUUAGAAGCGGCCCAGAAGUACUUGGCCCAGAAGUACUGCAUUCUCGUCCUGGGCUUGGCCAUGCCUGAUAAGCAUCACAUGUGCUGCGGAAAGUUCAUACGCAGAGCUAAAUCAGAAUGGGAGAAAAUAUCAGAUACACAGAAAGACUGGAAAUUCUUUGAGUCCUUUUAUACUUUCUGUACAUAUGUAGCUUGGAUUGUCUUCCGACGUCAACACUUCACAGAGAUUGAGGAAGAAAUAGGGAGGCUCUUUCGUACCAAUAUGUUCAACAUUCCUCGGAGGAAGCGUGAGGAUGAAGAAUCAGGGGGGGGAAAGAAACACAUGACUUUUGUACAAUUCAGGAGAAUGAUGGCAAAACGCCCAGCGAUUAAAAAAGCCAUCAACAUGCGCUCUCCAGUCAUGUCUACUCUGCUGCCGUCUCUCAGAGAAAAAGCUCAGAAUGUCUUUGAGAAAAAGAAUCAUCAAGGAGGCAUCAGACUCCCAGCCCCGAGGCAAGAGCACAUGGACAGUCUGGGCUCUGUGCCCAUGCCAACAGUUGGCAUCUUGGGGGAGCCUCGGUGUCUGUUCAACCCCCAUACACUUCUCCCCCUUGAACCAGAAGAAAACACGAAACCGGAUGGGAGACAUUCUUCCCUGAUAGAAAGAAAUAACAUGAAGAUCCAGGAUACACUGAACUUAGUCAUGAAAACACUGUCCUCUCAAACAACAUUCCCUAAACAAUCGGGUACAUUCCAUUUCUGUAAUUAAGUCUCUGUAUUUGAAGUAAACUACUUUGACUUAAUCACUUUAUAUAGGACUAAUAUUUAUUAUUAUUAAACUUUUAAAUUCAAAUUAUUUUGUUAAAAGUUCAACAGUAGACAAUUAAAGAAUCCCAGAAAGCUUUUGAAAAACUCAUUUUCCUGUAUUUACUAGUUUGCUCUGUUAUUUAUUUACUUCCUUGGCUUCUCUGUGACUAUUCAGAGUAAUAUAUUAGGACAUUUAACCAGUGUUCAAUGGACUAGUGAAGAAACAUCCUGUGUAUUUGUUCCUAAGUUCAUUUUUACUGUAUGAGAGAGUAUAUUUGGGACUUUUGAAAACUAAAUUUUAUAAAAAGGGAAAUUAAAAUGUUUUUAAAAUGAAAUGUUUUUCUAUGGCUAUGUUAUUAUUGGCAUUGAGAUAUAAAGUAUAUAUGAUUCAU